AUGCAGUCCUUCGUAGUGUGCCUGCUGGUGCUAGUGGCCUGCGCUGCGGCUGCACCCCAGAGGGAAGGAGCGGCCUUCUCCAAUGAGGCCAUCAAGCAGGCACAAAAUACAUUCCUCAUCCCCAAAGAUGCUGAGAUCCAAAAGGUCCAAGAAGGCAUCGAGCUAGCAGCGUACGAGUCGAUCCCCGGCAACCAGAGGAUCAACCUGUUCGAGAUCCUCGGCGACCAGGUCCCCUCUGAGGUCAUCAACAACCUCCAGGGCCAAAUCGACCAGGUCGGACGCAACUAAGUCCAAACCACCACCAGUACGGCUUAUGGUCGCCACUUUAUCGUCUGUUACCAUGCCUGACACGUUCUAACAACUAUGUAAGUGCGAAAGUGACGCAUGAUCCGACAGGCGAAAAAGACGCGAUCAUUGCGAUCGCCCCAGUAACGGAAAACAUACCUAAAGAAGAUUCAACCGUGCUGGUUUCAACACGAAGACGUUAUUUAUUGGUGACGCAAGUACAAUACAGUGAAUGUGAUAUUGUGCAACAUCUUUUAUACAUUUGUACAUAAAUUAUAUUUAAAUAAAGUGGUCGUGCGACGUCCAA